AUGAGCGACUUACCUCCGAACUAUGAGACGGCCACUUUAACGCCUGAGAUGCAUGAUGCGCGAAUGAAGUGGGCACGAUCAAAGUACGCAGCGCCUCGAACACGGACUCCAGUGUUCGUAGAGAAGGAAUACGAUAUUAUAGUAAUCGGUGGCGGUCACAACGGUCUGAUUACUGCUGCGUAUUUAGCAAAGGAGGGCUAUGAUGUACUCGUUUUGGAGAGACGACACAUCGUUGGAGGUGCUGCGGUCACGGAAGAGCUUUUUCCAGGAUAUAAAUACAGUCGAUGCAGCUACCUAGCUGGACUUCUCAAUCCCGGGAUAAUCAAGGAUCUAGACCUCACCAGAGAAUGGACCGGCGGGUUCAAAUACCUCUUGAGGGAGCCUGGAUCGAUAACGCCUACGCCUAUGAGCCAUCCUAUUUACAGAGGAAGACCGCUAUUAAUGUGGGGUGACCAGAAGAAGACUAUAGAAAGUAUCGCGGAGUUUUCACAAAGAGACGCACAUGUCUUUCCAUUAUACGAGCAGUUGCUCAAUGAGAUGCGUGAAGUGUUAGAACCGCUAAUGCAGGGACCUCCGAUGCGGCCAUCGGACACGAAGACUGUACGAGAGUUCGUCAACCAUUCGUUGCGGAUAAUGAAGACCGUGAAGAGGCUGACAAAACACAGCGAUGCUAUACCAGAUUUGUACGAGUUAUUCACAGGACCAGCGUCGCAGAUCUUAGAUAGGUGGUUUGAGACGGAUGUUCUAAAGGCAACGUUGGCGACGGAUGCCGUUAUAGGAAGCAUGGCGAGCCCAGCUGAUUGCGGGAGUGCGUAUGUUCUUCUCCAUCAUGUGAUGGGGAACGUAAACGGCCGCCAAGGAGUGUGGGCAUAUGUUGAGGGAGGCAUGGGUAGAAUAUCCAGCGCUAUUGCCGAACGCGCGAUGCAAGCUGGAGCUGUUAUAAUGACGGAUGCUCAGGUGAAACGUAUUACCCAUGACGGAAGUCGAGCGACUGGUGUGGAGAUGAUUGACGGCACCCAACUGCGAGCGAAGAUGUGUGUGGUAUCUAACGCGACUCCAUGGCAUACGUUCCUGGAGUUGCUGCCUUUGACAGACUCGGACCGGCCGAAGAGUCUCGGCGAUAGAUUUACUACCCAGAUACGAUUCACUGAUUACUCUUGUGGGGCUAUGAAAAUCAAUUGUGCCAUUGACAGACUCCCCCAGAUACCAGGAGUUGAUCCUGAGCAUCUUCAAGGGACCGUCCAUUUCGAGACAUCCCUCAGUCAGAUAGAAGUCGCCGCCCAAGAGGCACGAUCGGGUUUGCCAGCAACGAGACCUGUCGUUGAGAUGACUCUGCCUAGUGUGUUGGAUCCGAGUCUGGUACCGUACAGUUCUGGUCAUCAUAUUUGCCAGCUUUUCGUGCAAUACGCUCCUUACGAUGUAAAUCCCAAUCAUGGCUCUUGGGCCGAUCCGGGCUUCGUGGAACGUUUCGUCGAGAUGGUUUUCGGUGUGAUUCACGAGUAUGAUCCUAACUUUGCCAACUCGGUGCUUCAUAAAGAUGUUAUAACUCCACUCACACUCGAGCAUGAGUUCGGUCUCCAUAAGGGAAAUAUCUUUCAUGGUGCGUUGAUGCUGCAUCAACUAGGAUACACUCGUCCGAAUGCCAGGACUCCGCUGGAUGGACUGUAUCUUUGCGGUGCUGGAGCUCAUCCUGGCGGAGGAGUGAUGGGCACUCCGGGGAAGAAUGCAGCGCAACUGAUACUAUGGGACUUGGCGAAAAAGGCAAAGUAA